AUGCAACAUCUUCAAGGGUUAUUGUACACUCUCCUAUUGGAAGAUGAAAUGUGUGUUUCUGUUCUCCAAUGUUCUACCAUUGCGGUCACCAAUGAUGGGUCCACGUUACAUAUCCCAAUUUUGCAACGUGUUGUAGCUGGUGUCCACGAAGAAGACGUCGGUGAUUUUAAUGAGGAUGAGGAUGUUAUUGUUGCUGUUGUUGUUGACGAUGACGAUGAUGAUGAUCAGGAACCCGUAGUAGAAUAUCCUGACAAUCUUCAAGUGGGAAUGACAUUUCCCACAAAAGAUGUGGCAAUGCAGUGUGUAAAAGAAUAUCUCGGUACACAUAUACCACUACUUAUAGAAAGACAUGGAUUGCAAAACAAAAGGCCAUUGAGAGAAUAUACGACAAUUGGGAGGAAUCAUAUAAAGAGCUUCCAAGGUGGAUUCUUGCAUUUAAACAUUACCUUCCAGGUACUGUUACCGAUAUUGAAAGGGUUUGAUCAUUGUAAACCAGUUGUUUCAGUUGAUGGAACAUGGUUAUAUGGGAAGUAUCGUGGGACCUUACUAAUGGCAAUCGCUCAGGAUGGUAAUGGUCAUACCCUUCCUAUAGCAUACGCCAUUGUUGAGGGUGAAACAUCAGAUGGUUGGUUUUUCUUCCUCAGUCGUCUACAAAUGUUUGUCACACCUCAACCCAACCUCUGCUUGAUUUCAGAUAGACAUGAGUCGAUUAAAAGUGCUGUUAGGCGUGUAAACAGCAAUUGGCAUCAUGUCUUUUGCGUUCGACAUAUAUCACAAAACUUCAUGAGGACCUUCAAAAAUGGGCUAAUGAAAGAUCUUGUAACCAACAUGGGAUAUGCUAUGGCUCAACCAAGCAUCACAUACUUUGGAAGACAAAUCAGUGAUUGGAGUCAAGAUGCAGUGAAAUGGCUCGACGAUAUUCCAAAGGAGCAAUGGCUACAAGCAUAUGAUGAAGGUAGACGUUGGGGACACAUGACAACUAACCUUUCUGAGUGCAUGAACAAUGUAUUAAAGGGGACACGCAAUCUUCCAAUCAGUUCUUUAGUGCAAGCAACAUACUAUAGAGUGACUGCAAAAUUUGAAGAAAGAGGGACACAGGCCCAAGCAAUGAUGACAUCAGGUUUGAUUUACUCAAAUACAAUCAUUCAAAAUCUUAACAAGGAACGAGCAAUGUCAAAUUCCCAUGAAGUUGUUAUUCACAAUCGAGCUCAUAGUAUAUUUACAGUUAAGGAGUUGGUUCGUCCACCAAGUGGUCGUCCUAUAGGGACAUUCAUGGUAGACCUCGACAAAAGAUGGUGCGAUUGUGGUGAAUUUCAAGCAUUACGUUAUCCAUGUUCACAUGUCAUUGCCGCUUGUUUGUUUAUUCACCGUGACUACAUGAUGUAUGUGUCUUCUAAGUAUACAUUGCAAUGUAUCUUUGACGUUUACAAAGAAGAGUUCCCAACAAUUCCUCUUCAAUCAUAUUGGCCAGAAUACAAUGGAAUAGAGUUAUGCCACAAUCCAGCCAUGAGAAGAGAUCCAAAAGGUCGUCCACAGUCUACUCGUAUUCAUACUGAAAUGGAUCAACGAGAGAAAAACACACACCCCAAGAGAUGUGGUUUGUGCCGGAACGAGGGACAUAGCAAGAAUAAAUGCCCUUAUUGUACUGAUGCUCCUAAUAGAAAUUAGUUCAUUGUAAUAAAAUUAGUUAAUUUGAUAUUUGUAUGUUUAAUUAUAAUAUUAAAUUAAAUAUUG